AUGCUCACGCUGCGCACGUCUGUGUGGUGGUGUGUGGCGGUGCCUGGCAUGGCAGUGUGUGGUGGUGUCUGGGAAUGUGUGCCGGUGUGUGUGCUGGUUUGUGCCAGUGUGUACGGUGCAUGGUGGCGGUUCAUCAACGAAUGUGCUGGUGAAAUGCCUUCCCUCCCCCUUCCCCUCCCGUUCCCCCUCCCCCUUCCCCUCCCGUUCCCCCUCCCCAUCCCCCUCGCCCUCCCCAUCCCCCUCGCCCUCCCCAUCCCCCUCGCCCUCCCCAUCCCCCUCGCCCUCCCCGUCCCCCUCUCUCUCGCCCCCCUCCUCCUCUCCUGCAGGAGUCGGCUUGACAUGGAACUGCCCCAUCGCCUCGCACCCUUCGGGCACAUGAGUCAUCAGAUUCUCUUCCCCCCACUUCCCCUUCUUCCCCCCCGCCCCUUUCUCCCCCACGUUCACCAGGCGAGCUGUCAAUGGCGGCGGUGGAGGGCAAACGUGGCGUGCGAGGCCGUGACGAGGGUGGACGCGAACGCGCUGCUCCCGCUUAUCCUCGUCUCCCCUGACCAUCCCCUCACUCAACUUCCCCCCUCUGCUCCCCUCUGCGCUUCCCCCACCUCUCUGCUCCCUUUUCUCUCCCGCUGCCCCCGUCUUCUCCCUGCUGCUCCCCACUCCCCCGCCUCUUUCUCCCCCGCCUCUUUCUCCCCCGCCUCUUUCUCCCCUGCCUCGUUCUCCCCCGCGUGCUGUCGCUCACCAGGCGAGCUGUCAAUGGCGGCGGUAGAAGGCAACGUGGCUCCGCUCGGUUCAGCGGGGACCACCUGCUGCCCGACCUGCAAGGCGCGUUGGUGGACGAGUGAUGUGGCAGGGCGGCAGACAGCACAUGUGCUGCCACCACCGCUAGAGCCCUCUCCUCUGCUGCUGUCACAUUUCCUUACUGUUCUCUUUCUCUCUCCUUCCACCUACUCCCUUCUCCCUCCUCCUGCCUGUCAACCUGCCCCUCGCCUUGCUUCGUCUUUCUUUCCCAUCCCUCCCCUCAUCCCUCCCCCCAUCCCUCCCCCCAUCUCUCCCCUCAUCCCUCCCCCCAUCCCUCCCCCCAUCUCUCCCCUCAUCCCUCCCCCCAUCCCACCCCCUACCCCGGCCCGUAAUCCCUCCCCAACACCACUCCAUCCAGGCGCGUUGGUGGACGAGUGCUGUGGCAGGGCGGCAGACAGCACAUGUGCUGCCACCACCGCUAGAGCCCUCUCCUCUGCUGCUGCUGCCGCUGCCGCUGCUCAUGCACAUGCAUCCGCCACCGCUGGUGGUGGUGAGGGCGAUGGUGGUGGAGGGACUGGUGGAGGAGGAGGAGAGAGUGGGAAGAGUGGAGAUGCGAAGGGGGAAACGGGAGGAGGAGGGGGGGGAGGGGAGGGGGUAGAAGGGAAGCAACAGCAACAGCAGCAGCUAAGCUCGGGCCAAAGCAAACCGGAUAAGCUGCUCCAUGUGCCCCCACACGCGCCCUCCCGCCUCCCCCAUCUCUCUCAAGACCAGCUCAUCUCAGCCGUCCAUCACAGCUUCAACCAGAUCGAAUCCAAAUUCCUGGAGAUCGUACGGUGCAAAUGGCGCCAGGUGCCGCAAUACGCAGCAGUAGGCACAUGCGCGCUAGUAGCAUUCAUCCCCCCACAGGGGUCGGUUCUAGUGGUGGCGUCGCUAGGGGAUUCGCGUGCGGUGGUGGGGGUGAGGAGAGGGGUGAUGGGGGCGGUACGGCCGCUGGUGGUUUCGACAGAACACAAUGCGAAUUCGGCGGAUGAGAGAGCAGCGGUGCAGCGGUUACAUCCUGAGGAUAAGGGAAUUGUGGUGCAGAGGAGUGGAGUGUGGCGCGUGAAAGGGAUUAUCCAGGUCACACGCUCUCUGGGAGACUUUUAUCUGAAGCACAACGAGUUUCAGCGCGACCCUCUCUACGCGCGCUUCCGCCUCGACCGCCCGCUGCGCCUCCCAGCUCUGCUGGCAGAGCCGGCAGUGGAGGUGCUGCAGCUGGCGCCGGCCCACCGCUUCCUCGUGAUGGCCACUGAUGGGCUGUGGGAGCAUGUCAGCGAUAGUGAAGCGGUGAAGCUGGUUCACUCCAAGCCCCGAUCGGGAGUAGCACGGCAGCUAGUGCGGCUGGCAAUCACGCGUGCAGCACGCAAGCUCGGCCUCUCUCUCCCGGAGCUCAAAAUGCUGGAUCCCAAGCAGCGGCGCAUGGUACAUGAUGACAUCACCGUUGUCGUCCUCUUCCUCGACGCUCACCGGAGGGCGGACGGGGGGAAGCCAGGGGGAGGGAGAGCCGGUGCUGCUGCUGGCGCUGCUGCUGCUGCUGCUGCUGCUGGUGCUGGUGCUGGCGGUGGUGGUGGUUCGAGUGAUGGAAGUGGGGGGUUCCUGGGAGUGGCAGGGGGAAUGACUCUUCGCAGCUAUGAAGAUGUUGACGUGCCCGCGUUCUCUCAACCAGGCCUUGAGAAGGGUUAG